UUCCUUUCCACAUUCUUCUUCUUCUCAUCCAAACCCAAUUCAACUUUGAGCUGGAUCUAAUACACCCAGUAAACCCUUUCUCCACUCCUAUCUCCAAAAAGAAAAGACUUCUCACACCUUCUUUUCCACCUGCCAUGUCCUCAGGUAUCAAACGCCCCCACGCCGACGACGCGCACUCAGCCAGCGGCAGAAGCGACCGGUCAGACCGCAAGAAACCAAGAGACUGGCGGGAUGCGUUCCUCGACGAUGGCGCCCCACCUCGAGACAGGGACAGGGAUUACGGACGCAGGGAUAGAGACCAGGGCCGCGGGGGCUAUGGUGAUCGCCGUGAGAUGAACGGAGGCCGCCAUGGAGGUAACGGGGGCUAUUAUGAUAGAGAUCGGGGCUAUGAUGAUCGACGAGGCCCAAGUGGGAGACACGGCUCCACAAGGGACGGAAAAGAUUAUCGUGAACGUGAGCCCUCGAGGGGAGAAUAUUCCCGACGGUAUGGUGACCGCAAUGAUUACAGACAAGAUUCGAGAUAUGAUGACCGUCAGCGUCCGAGGGAAGGCGAUGGUAGACCACCGCGACCGCUGAGUCCACGCGGGCAACAAGGACAGCAAGGACAGCAACUCCGGGGCGGUCCUCCCCCGACUUACGCAUCUCGGCCGUCGCCAUCCGCGCCACAGACUUCUGUAAAGCUUCCGCCGGUCGCCCCGCCACAAGGCAAAGCCGGUAUGGGCCAAUUCUUCCAAGCAGAGCCUGAAGAGCCCGAGCCCGAGCCCGAAGUGGUCGAGGAAGAGCAAGAUCCGGCCAAGAUGCUGGAGGAACGACGUCGAAAGCGUGAGGAGAUCAUGGCCAAAUUCAAAGCCACCGAUGGCAAGCCAUCGGUGCCGAAUGUCGUAGUGAAUGAGGUUGGCGGUGGGGCGGAAAGUGUUACAAGCGGUGGGACGCGAACGGGUCUGCAGACUAGCACAGCAGCUACGCCCAUGCUCAAUAAUCUCGGUAUUCGAUCCAGCAAUCCCCCGAGUGCUACUCCCACCAUCACCGAACAGCCUUCACUCGCGCAUACCCCGCAAGGCAAAGCGUUCGAUCUUGCCAAACACCCUUUUGCCUCCAAUGAUUCUGCUCUUCUUCCGCCAGAUGCCCAAACGCCGAGUGGUGUACACGCAGACAUGACGGUCUCGGCUGCAGAUUACGAUCCCACCCAAGAAGCUCUUGCAGACCACGAAAAGCGCCAGAAAGACUUUGAAGCUGUCAAGCCCGACCCGCAGAGCGCCAUCGCUCGAGAGAUCGCCGAUGGCGUAGGCGAACCUAUUACGGUCGAAGACGAUGAUUCACCAAAGGAAGAGGAGUGGGAAGAGGUAGAGAUCGAAGUGGAUGACGAGGAAGACGACGAAUUUGACAUGUUUGAUGCGUUUGGGGAUGACGAGAAACAAAGGAAAAAGAAAAAGGUGACAGUCAAAAGGCUGAAGAAUGGUGGACAAGCCGGAGGCCGAGAAGAGAUUAUCAAGAAGCCCGCUAGUACCAUCGCACCCGAAGUCGUCGACAAUGUUGAUGAUGCGGACGGAUACUACCGUAUCACUCCCGGAGAGAUUGUCGAUGAUGGUCGAUAUCAGAUCACGAUCAACCUCGGAAAGGGAAUGUUCUCUGCGGUGGUUAAAGCGAAGGUCUUGAAAGCUGUCGGUCAAGAGAGAAGGCAAGAUGUGGUUGGGAAGGAGGUGGCCAUCAAGGUUGUGAGAAGUCAAGAGAGCAUGUAUAUCUCAGGGAGAAAAGAAGCUCAGAUCCUCAAGAAGCUGAAUGACGCCGACCCCGAUGACAAAAAGCAUAUGCUCAGACUUGAUCGUACCUUUGAACAUCGUGGCCAUCUUUGCAUCGUCACGGAAAGCUUGAGUAUGAAUCUGAGAGAUGUCAUCAAACGGUUUGGUAACAACGUUGGUCUCAACAUGCGCGCUGUUCGAGCGUAUGCCCAUCAGCUGUUCCUGGGCUUAUCCCUCAUGCGCAAGUGCGAAAUCGUUCACGCCGACAUCAAGCCGGACAACAUCUUGGUGACCGAGAAUAAGACGACGUUAAAGAUUUGUGAUCUUGGCUCUGCAGCAGAGAUCACUGAAGGUGAAAUCACACCUUAUCUUGUCUCUCGAUUCUACCGUGCCCCUGAAAUCAUCCUUGGUCUACCCUACGACACUGCCAUUGACAUGUGGUCCAUCGGAUGUACCCUCUACGAGCUCUUCACCGGCAAGAUCCUCUUCCCUGGCCGAUCCAACAACCACAUGCUCCUCCUCAUGAUGGAGCUGAAGGGAAAAAUCAACCACAGAAUGAUCAAGAAGGCGAGCUUUGGGACGAUGCAUUUUGACGAGGCGAUGAACUUCAUAGGGCUCGAAAAGGAUAAGAUUACUGGACAGGAUACGCUGAAAACCCACGUCAUCAACAAACCUACCAAGGACCUCCGAGCGCGUCUCGUUCCAUCAUCGUCCGAGCAGCUGAAGAUGAAGGAUGACGAGCUCAAGCAGUUGCUCAGCUUUGUUGAUCUACUGGACAAAUGCUUACAUUUGGACCCGGCCAAGAGGAUUACGCCGAGGGAUGCUUUGCUUCACCCGUUCAUGACUGGACAUUGAGUAGGAUAACAGAGAGUGUAGCGGGCUCGCAUGCAUGUGGGACA